UAGUCGAGAGAGCCGGAGAGCGAGAAAGGGACGGAGAAGACUAGUCGAUUUUUAACAUGGCGGAGACCGUACGCUCGCUCUUCGACUACCGGGAGCCACCGACCCUGGACAGCGACGGAGAGGGAACCAAACCGGCGCCGACACCUCGGGGCCCGGCCGUACCACUCCCCAGCCACCCCCCUCCGUGGCACCGACCUCCUCCGGAGCCUGGCCCGCUCCAGCGGUACCCGGAACCCCCGCGCCCUCACCCAGACCCGCGUCCGGCGCCAGGUCGCCAUCUUGACGCAGCUGCUAUUGCUCGGCGAGGGGGAGGAGCCAGGACAGCCGGGUGGGAACGCCGUAGAGCGCCUGGAACACUUCCUGGAGCGCGAGUACCACGUGACGCAGAGCUGCGGCGGGAUUGGCCAGGACCCGGGGCUGAUGGGUAGAGUGGGGCGCGUGGUGCUGUGCGGGGAGAGAGACGGCGUGUUGUUCCGGGGGAUGAGCCUCCACCACAUCUGUCUGGAGCUUGACGUGAUGUCAGGCAACUCGGCCGACUCGUACUCGGAGGGCGACUCUGACGGCGAGGGGCGGAAGGAGAAGGGCGAGGUGGCCCCUCCCAGCCUGCUGAUGGUGAGGAAGGGCAGGACCAACAGCAGGACGCCGCGUGCCAGGAAACUCAAGGUCACGCCCUCCUCCGCAUCGCCCCUCUCCCCCUCGGUCCCCGGCCGCAGGAGAGGCUCAGGUGGGCCCAAAUCAGGCAAACGCGGCGUCCUCAAGCGCCCGUGGUCGGACGCAGAGCGUGCCGCUGUGGAGGAGCACCUGACCUGCAACAUCGCCGAGCUGCGCGUGCCCGCCAAGGCCGACUGCGAGCGCUGCCUGCAGAGCUGCCCGCUGCUGGUCACCAACCGGCGCGACUGGCGGGCCAUCAAAUUCUACUGUCACAACCGCAUCCAGCUGCUCAAGAAGAACCAGCGGCGCGAGGACGACGGGACGCCCAUCAUGGUGUGCUGAGAAGACUGACGGAGAGACUGAGAGAUUGAUGGACGGACACGACAAUAGCUCCACAGUAUCCACACUAGCGUGCUACUUAGAAUGAAGGAAGCCAAAACAGAGGCGUGGUCAACUCUGUCAUUUUUCUUUUGCUGACGGUCAAAAAAACAAGAGUUGACUGUUAAGGAACAGAGUUGACGCUUAAGGAAGCAAUGUAGUGGGCGUGUCUUCGAAGUGGUACGCUAAUGUGGGUAUUGGAAUGUAGCCUACAUCUCAUUAAGCAGGUUUCCAUCCAACCUUUUUCUGCAGUAAAGUACGGGUCAAUGUCUGGUCAAAAAUGUAAUGACAGGCCCGAUGGAAACCACAUUUUUCGGGUACACUUUCCAAAUGUCAACAAAACGAAAUACGCUCAGACAAGGUGGGAUCUUUUUGUGUCGGUAAAAUGAAGUGUGCGAGAAAUGUCGGUGGAACUAUUGACGUAAUAACSAUCAUAUCGAAGUCAACUUGGAGUCGCGCGAUGACCUGUGUGGCCGUCRCACUACGACGCGUCAGGAAAGCAUGCAGUUUAUUAGGCUACGGAUGUAAUAAAUUAGGAUGAACUUCACAGGGUGGUGAACGUGCACGGUGAUGACCUUGAUGCUCCUGUUUUAAUAAAUAUCAAGGGUCUUAUUUUGGUGACGUGAUCAUCGAUGCGUAGCAGCCGUUUGACAAAUAAAGAAAACUCGCUCUUUUGGCCAUAAUAAUCUCAUGUAGCCUAUACGUGCGCUCUAGCCAACAYCGCGCACCUGCCAGUACCAGAGUGGGCAGACUUGCUAUAUAACAGAACAGUUUUUGUGGGGAAACGAUCCGUAGAGUUGAAAAUGUGAUGGAAACCCAUUUAACUUCAAUUUUUUCUUUGCUACAUGGGAAUUUAACAGCAAAAGGU